AUGCGGCGCGCGGCUGAGCUGAGCUUGCUGCCGGUUCCGGCAGCCUGUUUCGCUUGCUCACGGUGGCAAACUAUAUUGAAUAAGAUCACGGGGAAAACAGAGCGCAACGAAUGUUCUGGAACCCCAGUGACUCCAGUGCUUUAUUGCGGGGUUUGUUGGGCCGUUGUGUCGAGUGAGGAGUUUGGCGGUGGAAUUGACGAGAUGGAGAAUUCUGCCGGAACUGGCGAUACCGACGAUACUGGCGAUACUGGCAGUCCCGACGAAACUCACACUGACAGUACUGAUAUUACUGACUGUAAUGAAAAGCACGGUAUUACUGACAGUCCUGGCAAUCCUGGCAUGACUGACCAGAGUGACAGUACUGGCAAUCCUGGCAUGACUGACCAGAGUGACAGUACUGGCAAUCCUGGCAUGACUGACCAGAGUGACAGUACUGGCAAUACUGACAUUACUGACUAGGGUGAUGGUACUGGAAAUACGGACAAUACCCCUAUACUCUUAAUACCGACAGUGCCUACAACACUGACAUUACUGACAAUAUCAUAAUAUUGACAGUACGGGCAAAACUGACGAUACUGACGAUACUGACGAUACUGACGAUACUGACAAUACUGACAAUACUGAUGCUUACAAUACUAAUACUCACAAUAAUGAUAAUACUGACCUAACAUUACUGGCAAUACUGACAAUACUGACCAUACCGACAAUACUGACCAUACCGACAAUGCUGACGAUACGAAAAUUCCUGGCAAUACUGCCAAUCCUGACGAUAC